AUGGGGUCAGAAGCUGCAGCAAUGGGUGAGCUAGUGGUGGCGCUGGAACAAGCAGUCCUAAUGGCUAAACAACUUCCUUCCUCAGCUACUACUCCUGUUUUAGACCCUUCCCAAGUCUUCCAAAUUUAUUCUUCUCUCCAGACUGCCCACCACCACUUGACUCUCUUCCUCUCCCACCAUCCACCACCGCCAUCCCUUUUGCCUUUCCGGCCACAUCAGGCCUCUUUUCUCCCUUCCCUCCAGCCACCACCACCACCACCACCGCUCGAAAACUCUGUCUCCUCAGCCGUGGGCGGCGGAGAUGAAUAUGACAUGGACCCCAUGCAAAUGGGUGAUGAUGAUGAGGUUGAACACGAUUCCAAGAACACCUCCACUUCUGCUGCUGCUGCUGCCGUUAUUGAGAUUGAGGGAGUUGAGGAUAGGAUGAGAGACUGCUUUAUUCAGAAUAAGAGACCCAAAAGGCCCUUGUCUCCGUCGUCUGUGGCUGCUGUGGGGGAGCAGCGGCCCAGCUAUCUCAGUGACGUGGCGGCUGGAAGAGGCGGUUCCUCAGCGGAGCAAUUUGAUCCCAAGGGGAGUAGAUUAAGGUCUCUUGAUCUUGUAUAUCAAUUUCAUGGUUGA